GUACAACCUAAAAAAGUAAAUCUUUGUUCAUAGUAAACGUCCCUAUAAAAGAGAAAAAGUUAUAGCUCAGCAUUUUAUUAAAUCCUGCAGAUUCAAUUAUAGAAUGCUACUUCUUUUACUAUUAUUCGUUAAUGAAUAUCUUGACUUCUAUUUCUUCCUUUUUCUAAUAAUAAUGUAUUCAUACAGUGAUUUACUUCAUUCACUCGAAAGUAACAAAAGCUAUACAUCAAAGAAUUAUAUUAAUUAUUUACAGCCACAAGAUAACUUUAAUAUGAUUGGCGAAAAUCAAUGUUAUGCAGUAUCCACUGAUUUGACACUUGAAAAUAGCAAAGGUUCUUAUCUUUAUCAUCGUCACGACGAUCAUCAUCCUAUUUUUACUUCAGAUAUUUAUAACCAUCAACGUCAUUUGCAAGCUUCAUCUUCUUCUAAGCUUGGAUAUCCUUCAUCGAGUCAUUGGUCAUUGGUUACAGCAACAACUGACAAUACUGACGCGUCUUUAUUAGACAUAGAAGCUACCAAAAAUAAUCAGUUGCAAUUAGAUACUAAAUCAAUAAAUACGUUUGAUCUUUUAUUUCGUAACAAUAAGAGACUAUCCAUUGCUUCUUCUUCUUCUUCUUCUCCUCCUCCCUUACUACCUACUAACACCUCUUCUUCGUCACAAUACUACCAACAACUAUCCAUGGAUCUUUACCCUCCUCUUCAUUACUCCUCCCCUUCUUCUACCACAACAAGACUGGAUAACACUAAAUUUCAUCACCCCCGUAUCAAGAGUGCCUAUGCUAGACUUCCUCCUUUCUCGGAGAAAGAAAAAGAUGUAGUUGUUUACCAGCAGUUCCUUUCUCCACCUUUAGCUUACAAUCAUACCAUAAUUAAUCAAAAUUUUUUAAUGAUGAAAGAUGAGCCGAGACAACGAAUAAAUCUAUCUUGUGAAGCACAAGUAAAGCAUCAAGAAUUCUCAAGUAAUACAUCUUUUCAAUUCAAUGUUGCUCUUCAUGCAACCCCAGCUAUAACUAAGAAAUUAGAUGAACAGCCAACGACUUAUCUUAAUCGUGGUCAAGCUUAUUUGAUCGAUUUAGAUUCUGUAACAACAAAGACGAAUAAUAACACAUUAGUAACAAGCACUAUUUCAAUUGCCUUUCACGAAUCGAGUCAUCGACGCAUUGCAGACAGUUACUGGAAAUAUUGGGUUAAUCAACAAGAAAAUUCAAUGGAGGCGAGAGCUAUUCAUAUUGAUGCCCAUCAAUGCACAGGUGUAUAUAAUGUUCGCUUUAUAUCAUUCGAUAAAGUAUCAUUUGAUUGGAAUGGUCGUUUUGGUGCUAAAAUAUAUAUUCGUUUUAACUGCUUAUCCACUGAUUUUUCUAGAAUUAAAGGUGUGAAAGGAAUUCCUAUGCGUGUUGAAGUUGAAACUUGUGCUCAUUACACAGAGCUUCCAAACGAUUCAAUUUCUUAUAAAGGCACAUUUCAUAAAUUAACAGACACUGCUUAUGAAUAUAAAGAAAUAUGCUAUUGUAAAAUUAAAUUAUUUCGAGACAAGGGCGCAGAACGAAAAAAUAAGGAUGAUAAAAAGCAAAUUACGAAACAGCUAGAAAAAAUAAUGGCUACGUCAAAAGUGGAACCUAAUGAACAUCCUCUAUGGUCGUUAAUGAAUCAACCAGACAAUCCUAUUAGUAAAUUAACCGAAAUAGACUCUCCGCAUAAUACAAAGGCCCUUGCUUUAGAUAAUUUGAUUCCUCUUAAUAACAAGUCAUGUAAACGUAAAAGAAAUAGUUCAGAUCAACCUUCACAACCACCAAAACAAAAAUUAAAGGGAACAACGAAAGAAGUGGUGGUGACAUAUGACACAACAACAGCACUUCAGUUUUAUGUUUGGACUCGCGAUUUCCCUCAUGUGCCACGAGAAGUGUCUCUUGAUUUAUGUACAACAGAAAAUUUAAAAGUAAAGCUAGCCCAUCUUUUAUUUAUUCAUCCAUCAAAGAUAUCUGAAAUGCUAUGGCGAAAGAAGCAACCACUAACAUCAGAUAUAUUCGUUUUAAUAGAAGAUACCUUUAUAACUGAGCAUAUCUUGGAUGGUGAAAUGAUCGUUUUGAAUUGGGAAAUGAAAACGAAUGGAGAUAUUAGGCUUAUACUUGAGUUUUGAACAAGUAGACAUUAACCAACAAGCUUACAUAUUUAUAUAUAUUCAAAUAUUCAUACUUAUUAUAUUGACUGACACAUAAUAAAGAUAAGAAUAAUUUUGCAUUUGUCAUAAUAGACUAUCAAAAUUUGCUCUAUACAGCUACCACAAUGAAAUGAGGGUGUCUCUAUCAUUAUAUAAUAAGUGCAUGUACUAUUUAGACAUAUUUUUCUGCAGAUUCAUUCGAU